UGUUAUAUUGAUACCCUCUUAUUCUGAAUUCACUCGCCGGUGGAAAGGAAGAGGGUUUGUCGGUGACAUAUGAGACUGAGUCGGUUUAUCUAGCGAGCAGUGGUUAAUGGACGGAGGCCGGUUUUUGUCGCCUCUGAAUGCUAAUUGCAGGGUGGCGCACAGGGCGUGUGAGAGUUUGCUAUCCACCCUCCCUGCCGGGGCGGAAUGAGAGCAUUGUUCCCGGAGGGGUUGGUACUGAACGGUGCUUUGUUUCGGCCCAUUACGGUAAAGAGGGGCGGGCGGCUGUGCCGGAGCAGCUUUCGCCGCAGUGUCUUCAUUCAUUCAUUGAUUCCUGCAGGUGGAAAUUGGUGAGAAGCAGCCUCAAGGCCGGUACGUAACAGAGCUCCGGGCACAGCGAGAGGAUCUGUAGGGAAAUGUACAGCCUGGAGUGCCUACCUGCUGUGGAACAGCACUAGCCUGCGUGGCUUUAACCGGACUGAAAUCCUUUUAGAAUAAGAGACAUCUUUGCUCCUCCUGCCAUGGAAGAAAGUGCGAGCGAAUUGCUGCCGGAUCUGAAGGAUUUGGAGAACAAGGUGGGACGGAAGACGCCCGAAGGUUUGCUGCGCUGGCUGCGGGAGGACACGGCACGGGCAGCCGGGGAGAAGGUGGAUAGCCCCGGGGCUGGUGAUGAGCAGGCAGCGCUGUUCUCCGGACAGAACAAGAGGCUGCCACAGGGGCUGGCCGAGAAGAUUCGAGUGUUGAGGCUGGAAAUGGCAUAUAUAAAGGCGAUUGAUAUAAAGAUAAUGCAUCAGUUGAUGGCUGUUAAUGAAGGGAUUGAGGCAGUGAAGUGGAUUUUAGAAGAAAAGGGCACGCUUGCCAGCAGAUGCAGCAGUCUGACCAGCAGUAUGUACAGCCUUGUGGAGAGUCAGGAGACCUCAAGGAGAGGUAGCUGGAACAGUCUGCAGGAUCCAAAUGAUAAAUUGGAUGGCAUUUCCAUUGGAAGUUUUUUGGACACUUUGGCUGACGAUAUGGAUGAAUAUUGUCAGACCACCAUGGAUCCUUUGUCUUCUACCCCCUCAAAUCAAGGAGGCCCAUUCACCUCAAUGGAGAAAGAAAUAUAUACCAAUGAGACACACUGUCAGCAAACCAACAUGGCUAAUGGCUUUUCGAAAAAGCAAGGAAACAGUGCUGCUGAUUGCAACAUGGAAAAUAAAUUUUCUCACGAUAAAUUAUGCAAAGAUGUUGCGAAACUGAAGAUUCAAAAAAAUGGGAAGAUAGAUUAUGAUGGUUGUAAACUAAAUAAAAUGCAUAUUGAAUAUGAUGCCCACUGGCACUGGGUGCAGUCACAAGAUGAUGUAACAUUCCUGUGAGGAGGUAGGGUUGACACUCUUAUUGAUCAAUGCAGUGGUACUCAACCUCCCCUCAAUCAGAACCAUUAUAGCACCUGAAUCAUUAUCAUUAGCACUACAGGAGAAUUCUCUUUAGUAAAUGUAGGCAAUUUGGAACUUUGGGUUUUUUUUUAAUCCUCGAUCAAAAAUCAUUUUUAAGCAGUAAAAGAAUGUGCAAGUUUCAAAAGACAUCUGCUAUUCAAAAAGGUUAUUCUGCUCUGUUUCAUUUCAGUGAUGUGUGCCAGUGGCUGCUUUGGCUGCUUUUUUUUUAAUAUUGCAGACUCAAACAGCCAAAUUCAAAAGUACAGGUGGUCAGUAUGGCAAAAUAUAAAAAAACACACUAGGUAUUAUAAUAAAAGCCAAGUAUUUCAAGUGUCAGAACAGAGUAGCAGCCUGAGAGAUUUGGCAGUUUUAAGAAAUCUGAGAGCACCAAAUUGGAUUUCAAGCACUGAGACUACAUUUAGAAUAGAAUCUCAAUUGGUGCAAAUAGUUAGCUUGUAACUGUGUUCUAUAGAGAUGGUGCAAAUGCAGCCUUACUUAGGAGUUCUAGCUCAACCUGACAUUGGAACAAAGCACAUUUAGAUUGGGCCACAGCUCUGCAUUUACACUAUACAUGUUCAGCAUUGAAAUGAAGUAAGAAACUAUUUCACACUGACUCUGUAAAUGCAUUCUAGAUAAAAAGCAAGCUAUUUCUAUUAUAUAACAGUUAUAAUUCUAAAAUGUAUUUUGGUGGUUGUGACCAUUAAUGAGGAAUAAAAAUCUGCAUUGUGGUUCUGACUAGCCAAAUAUGACUUGAGCUACAGGUUGAGUACCAUUUUCCUAAUGUAUAGGAUCAGCAUGAUCUCAUGAUGGAUGGUUUUAUUGAAUGCCGUAUCAAUAAUCGUACUGUUUUCUACCUAUUCCAAAAAUUAGGAAGCAUGAUAAUCGUAGUAUAACUAUAAUAUUGAUUGGAUGUACAUUCCUUUGUGAUACUAGUAUAUUUCUGAGGUCUUGGUCUAGCAAAUGAAAGAUUACAAUUUUGUAUAUGGGAGGUAAGCACUUAAUUAGUAAAAUUUAUCGGUGGUCUGGGAAGAGAAACAUUCCAAUGUUCAGCGGGUUUAAAUAUCUGUCUAAACUUAAAAUAUUUGAGCUACUCUUGUAAAGUUAUUCCUUUCUUGUCUGGAUAGUUCCAGCUGCCAGUUUUUGCUGGGCUUACCUGCUGCAUGAGCCCUGUCUUUGUCACUAUGUAGCUUUUUCACAUGGAGUAUUUUUGUGCACAUAUUCACCUCUGCUGAUUUGGUUGCGAGGGAAAUUCUGGUUCAUGUUUAAAUUAGUUGUAAAUUAGUUGUAAAUAAGGUAAAUAAGUUGUCUCUCUCCAUGGCUGGAAAACCUUUUCUCAAAUGUCAUUUGAUUUAACAGAUAUACUUUUCCCUUCAUGAGGACAGACAUUCGAAAGAUCAUAAAGAUAGCUUAUUUCUACUGUAUUAAAAGGGAGGCAUCAAACCUUCAGAAUGUUAUUGCAUUUCUACACAAAUUGCAGAUAUAACCACGUUUUAUGUAGUUAUUCAAAAACCUUCGCUUUGAGAUCUGAUGCAGAUUUCUCUUGAUGCAAACACAUAAUUGACUUUGGUAAGGUACAAAACAUUUUUUCCCAGGUGAUGUUGAAUGAUAGAUUUUUGAAAACUGCAGAGAUUUGCUAUUGUUUAAAAAAAUAGCUAGUGUUCUGCAAACCUGGAGUUGCAGUUUGACCUGGUUUACAAUUCAUUGUCCAGAUAUUAACAAUGUAUGUAAGCAGAUGUAAGACAACAAAAUGAAGAGCGUUUGCAUCAAUGACACUAAAGCAGUUUAAUAGGCAUUUUGGGUUAAAAGGGAUUCUCCAGUUGAUUGAAUCCAAAUUAACUGUAAGAUUUUUGAUAAUCCAAUAUGCCUAUAAUGGAAGCUGGGUAAAGGAAGAAAGAAUGUUUGGCUUAAUGAUUUAGGGAUAAACCAGGUCAGACUCUCUAUUGUUUUAUGCUGUACUUCAGAUGAUUAUUGUAUUGUCAGAAUUAUUGAUAUUUCUGCUGAAAUAUAAAGAUUUAACACAAAGGCUCAAGGGUGAUUGAAGUGCCUGCCAAACUUUAAUGAAAGCAGGAAAAGAAACAUUCUUUAGCAAAGCAACACAAUGCACUAAAGUCUUAAAGUAUGGUGGUUGCCAAACCAUGAACAUCUCUUUGUGCGUAACUUGUACAUGUAUAUUGUAUGAUGUGUCUGGAUAUUGUAUCAAUUGCCAAAUUUAACUUGUUCAACGAUAAAUCCUUGAAUUAAUCCUGUGUGUUUGGGACUUGCUGUCUCAUUCUAAUUGAACUAAGAUUUGCAGUAAGCUGCUUCAUUCUAUUAAUUGUAUUUAAUACAUUCCAUGGUUAUACAUUUUAUAUUUUACUAUAAAACUCAAAGCUUAGUUUUAUGAAUAAGAUAAUCAGUGUGAUAAUAUACUUGUGAGUAUUACAGAUAUCUAAAGAAUUACAGAUCAAUGCAGUAACAUCAAUAUUAAACCCUUCUAUUU